AUGUCGCAGACUGUUGGACGGACUCGCCUCGCCUUCUCGCGAACAUGGCACUAUAUAGACGUCGGCAGUGACCCACGCAGCCUAGGCCGCAUCGCUUCUUCCAUCGCCAUAUUCCUGAUGGGCAAGCACAAGCCUAUCUGGGACCCUUCGAAUGACUGCGGUGACUACGUUGUUGCCGUCGGAUGCCAUGAUCUCUACACAACUGGCAAAAAGCGGUUUCAGAAACUGUACUAUACGCAUAAUACGCGGCCGGGGAGCCUGAAGUCGAUGACGAUGGAUAAGAUGUUUGAGAAGUGGGGGGGUGCGGAGGUGUUGAGGAAAGCGGUUAGAGGGAUGUUGCCGAAGAAUCGGUUGAGGGAAAAGAGGUUGGCUAGGUUGAAAGCGUUUGAGGGCCAUGCACAUCCGUAUAAGAAGAAUAUUCUGAAAUUGGGCGGUAAGAGUGUGUUGGGGCCGCAGACCUCGAUUGCGGAUUCGCCGUUGGUUAAGGAGGCGUUUGCGAAAGAGAAGGGGGUGUCAGAGGAGAAGGCUCAAGCUUAA